AUGUCAUCUGAUCGCCAAAGAGUGGCCUUAGUAACCGGUGCUUCAUCCGGUAUUGGUUUUGCAACUUCAAUCGAAUUUGCUAAAAGGGGCUAUGUUGUAUUUGCUGGAGCCAGGAGAUUGGAGCCAAUGCAAAAAUUAAAGGACGAAUAUGGUGUCAACAUCUUUGAAUUGGAUGUGAGUGAUUUGCAAAGUGUCAAGGAUGCCAAAUCGUACAUUAAGUCGGAAACGGGUCGGGAGUAUUUGGAUGUUUUGUACAACAAUGCCGGGCAAUCCUGUACUUUUCCUGCCACUGAUGUUACUGACGAACAAAUCAAGCAAUGCUUUGAGGUAAAUGUGUUUGGGCCUAUGAGAAUGGUUAGAGAAUUCAUUCCCUUUUUAAUAAAUGCAAAGGGAGUUAUUGGAUUUACUGGUUCUGUUAGUGGUAUUGUACCAUUUCCAUUCUCGUGCACUUAUUCUGCUUCGAAAGCGGCAAUUCAUCAAUACGCUGCCCUGUUGCGAUUGGAAUUAAAGCCUUUUGAUGUCAAAGUGAUAAAUAUAGUCACUGGUGGUGUUAAGACCAACAUCGAAGACAAGAGGUCCUUACCUGAAACAUCUCUUUAUAAAGUACCUGGAAUUGAAGUCGCCUUCAAGGAGCGUCAACGAAUGGCUGCGCAAAACAAUCCAAUGCCCGCUGCCACGUAUGCUAAAAAGGUUGUUCAUGAUUUCGAAGUUGCAAGAUUAGGCGGCCCUUUAAACAUUUACAGAGGUACAAUGGCUACAUUCUUAUCUUUUGUCUUGACUUUCGUUCCGAGAUUCAUAGUUGAAUGGGGGUUGGUUCGUAAAUUCAAGUUGGAGUCUGUUUUCAACAAUGUCAGGAAGAAAUACUCGAAACUACAGGGAUGA